AUAUUCAGGCGGAUGUGACGUCGAUAUCCGUUUUAUUUCAGUAUUAUUGUGGCAGGAGCUUGAUAGACAGUAUGGACACUUAACUUAAACCCCAACGUGAUUCAUUUAUUUUCAAGAAAUGGAAUGCUGCAUUGCAUUUGCGCCGUGGUGUUUUAUACUACUUUAUUUACUUUUUCGCUUCCUGUUUUUUAUUUUCUCGGAUGCAGACUUCACCCUGCUGUGGGCAGGUCUGUUCGGACACAGGCCAGAGAAGAAACUGAAGGGGCUGGUGGUUUGGGUCACUGGAGCCUCCAGUGGUAUUGGAGAGGAGCUGGCCCUCCAGCUAGCAGGGUACGGAUCACGUCUCAUACUGUCUGCUCGACGGGAGGAUGAGCUGAAGAGAGUGAAACGUCGCUGUUUAGAAUGCUCCGACCUUCAGGAUGAAGAUAUUCGUGUUCUUCCACUGGAUUUGUUGGAGAGGACAUCGCAUGAGGAAAAAGCAAAAGCUGCAAUUCAAUACUUUGGACAGAUCGAUGUCCUAAUUAACAACGGGGGCCGAAGCCAGCGCUCCCUGUGCUUGGAGACCAGCAUCGAUGUGUAUCAGGCCUUGAUGGAGCUCAACUUCCUGGGUACGGUCUCCAUCACGAAGCAGGUGCUGCCUCACAUGACGUGGCGAGGCACAGGAAGCAUCGUGACUGUCAGCAGUGUAGUCGGCCUCGCCGGGGCCCCCCUGGCGACGGGAUACUCCGCCAGCAAGCAUGCUCUUCAGGGAUUCUUUAAUUCUCUCAGGACGGAGCUGACUGACUUUCCGAACAUACUCAUCAGCAUGGUGUGUCCAGGCCCUGUUCAGUCACAGAUUGUCCAAAAUGCUUUCACGGAAGAAGUGCACAAGCCUGUGCCCGCAGCUGGUGACCAGGGCCACAAGAUGCCGACCAGUCGGUGCGUGCGUUUAAUGUUGGUGGGAAUUGCCAAUGGUGUCAAGGAAAUGUGGAUUGCACAGCAGCCCUUCCUCCUGUUCUACUACGCCUGGCAGUAUGCUCCUACAUUCGCCUGGUUCAUCACAAACAUGCUGGGAAGAAAAAGGGUUCAAAAUUUCAAAGCUGGUCUGGAUGCAGACACGGCAUAUUUCACUAAGCCUAAGACUUCCUGAAUGUCACAACCUCAAGAAGAAAAGUAUUGCUGCCUUCGUCUCAAAGGAAAAACAUUUAAAAGCAGAAGCUGCUGUGAAGUGUUUGUCUGAUAAAAAUGGGUACUUUUAUUUAAUUCAUCUCGAUGUGAAGUAAAUCCUAUAUUUUACUGUUUGUUUUUGUGUUCCAUCAAACAAGCAUCUUCCAAUUAUGUGAAUUUCUGGCUAAAAGCCAACAUUCGUUACAAGAUGGAAGAUGUUUAUUGGAUGUAACAAAUCAGUGGCACUAACCUUUUGAAUGAAUAAUCACAUUUAGUUUGGAUAUAUUUUAUGCAAGUUGGUUGAGUAAAACAAAACGGCUUCUGCCUGGCUAUUUUAUUACGAGUUUACAUUGACAUAUAAAAAGCAACUAUGUACAGAAGAAUAUGGACAAAUUCAUUUAAAAAUUGUAAACAAUAUCACUAAACUACUUAACACAUCCAGCAAGACACACUCUAGGCACAUCCUUGACAUCUUAAAAGACAUAAGACCCUUUUUUGAGAUCAUCAAGU